GUUGAAUCUGUGGAGUGAUCUGAGGCAGUAGUGGUCAUCACAGAAAGGUUUAGACAUGACUCCUGCUGUGAUCCUGGUCAUCCUGUCCUUGGGAGUUGUGUCAGGUGCCUCAGCAUUUGAUCUCAGUUUGGAUAUCGAAUGGGAAGAGUGGAAGAUAAAAUAUGAGAAGUCUUACACUCCGGAAGAAGAUGUACUGAAGAGAGCAGUAUGGGAAGAAAAUGUGAAAAAGAUUAAACUGCACAACAUGGAGAAUUCCCUGGGGAAGAAUACCUACACCAUGGAAAUAAAUGACUUUGCUGACAUGACUGAUGAAGAAUUCAGGGACAUGAUAACUGGUUUUACAUUGCCAGUUAACGACACAGUGAGAAGUCCCUGGAAGCGUUCACUUCAUAGUAAUUUUCCUAACUCUGGACAUUGGCGAGAUGCUUUGCCCAAAUCUGUUAAUUGGCUAAAGGAAGGCUAUGUGACUCGUGUGAAGGAUCAGGGAAAAUGUAAUUCUUGUUGGGCUUUUCCUGUGACUGGUGCCAUAGAAGCACAAAUGUUCAAAAAAACUGGCAAACUGAUCCCACUGAGUGUACAGAACCUAGUGGACUGUUCUAAACCUCAAGGCAAUAGCGGCUGUAAUGGAGGUACUACAUACAAUGCUUUCCAGUAUGUUUUGCACAACGGAGGUUUGGAGGCAGAGGCAACCUACCCAUAUGAAGAAAAAGAAGGACUAUGCAGAUACAAUCCUAAGAAUUCAUUUGCUACAAUCACAAGAUUUGUGGCCCUUCCAGAAAAUGAAGAUGUCCUAAUGGAUGCUGUAGCAACUAAAGGGCCUGUAGCUGCUGGAAUUAACGGUGUCUACAGUUCUUUACGGUUCUACAAAAAUGGUAUUUAUUAUGAGCCAAGGUGCAAACGUCUUGUGAGUCAUGCAGUUCUGGUGAUUGGCUAUGGAUUUGAGGGAAAUGAAACAGAUGACAAACACUACUGGCUGAUUAAGAACAGCUGGGGUAAACAAUGGGGAUUGGGCGGAUAUAUGAAGAUUGCGAAAGACAGGAACAACCACUGUGGAAUUGCUACAUUUGCCCAGUAUCCUAUAGUGUGAGCAGCCUAAUGGUCUCAAGGAAGCAUGUGGCAUGAGACUCAUUUCCAUUUCCAGAGGAGUGUCAUCCACUCCAAUGAAUGGCCUUUGAUGAAUAUGUCAAACUCUUGAAUCCCAUGAAAUCAUCAUUGUAAUGUAAAUUCUGGGAGCUUUCAAAUAUUUCACAUGACCACUGUAAUUUUUCCUUUCAUUAAUGUAUGCUUAUGUCUCCUAAAAUAACUAUUUUCAGUUUUAAUGCUUGUGCAAAUAAAA